AUGUCUAGAGCUCAAGAAGUAUCAGACACCUCGGUUGUUGGUGAUGAUAAGAUUGGAGUGUUAUUACUGAACCUUGGAGGCCCUGAAACUCUUGAGGAUGUUCAACCCUUCUUGUUCAACCUUUCUGCCGAUCCAGAUAUUAUACGAUUGCCGAGAUUGUUUCGCUUUCUUCAAAACCCAUUGGCGAAAUUCAUAUCCGUUGCUAGAGCCCCAAAGAGCAAAGAAGGAUAUGCUUCAAUUGGUGGUGGUUCUCCUCUUCGUCAGAUAACUGAUGCCCAGGCUGAAGAGUUGAGAAAGGCACUAUCUGAAAAGAAUGUCCCUGCAAAGGUUCCUCUGAUGAAGAUACGUACAAAACCGACCCUACAGCGAAAUCCUGUUGUGGUUGCUCAAGUACCUUUUAAGGACUUGGUAACCCUUGACUGCCUCCAGUCUAGGGACAAGAAAGUCAAUGCUGCCAAAGAGUCGAAGGCCUGGUUAAAGGAAAGGGUUAAGACUGGGAAAAUCAUUGGUUCUUCUCCAAGCAAAGGUUUUGAGACGGCAUUUUGGGAAGAUGAAUAUCUUGUCAAUAUGCAGCACACUGUAAUUCCUUCCUGGUACCAACGAAAAGGAUAUAUCAAAGCCAUGGCAGAUUUGAUUGAAAAGGAGUUAAGAAACUUUGAGAGCCCUGAGGAGGUGAUGAUUUUUUUUAGUGCUCAUGGGGUACCACUAGCGUAUGUGGAGGAAACUGGUGAUCCAUAUAAAGCUGAGAUGGAGGAAUGUGUGGAUUUGAUUACGGAAGAACUGGAAAAGAGAAAGAUAAAAAAUGGAUAUACUCUUGCAUAUCAGAGUAGGGUCGGACCAGUGGAAUGGUUGAAGCCCUAUACAGAUGAGACAAUUAUUAAGCUUGGACGUAAAGGAGUUAAGAGUCUUUUAGCUGUCCCAAUUAGUUUUGUAAGUGAACAUAUUGAAACAUUGGAGGAAAUAGAUGUUGAAUACAAGGAGUUGGCUCUAAAAUCUGGUAUAGAGAAAUGGGGUCGUGUUCCUGCACUUGGUUGUGAACCCACUUUCAUUUCAGAUUUGGCUGAUGCGGUGAUUGAAAGUCUUCCGUAUGUUGGAGCAAUGGCUGUCUCAAAUCUCGAAGCUCGACAGUCUUUAGUUCCACUUGGCAGCAUUGAAGAGUUACUAGCAGCAUAUGAUUCACAACGUAGAGAGCUACCACCUCCAGUGACAGUUUGGGAGUGGGGUUGGACAAAAAGUGCUGAAACUUGGAAUGGAAGAGCAGCUAUGUUGGCCGUCCUUGUUCUGCUGGUCCUGGAAGUGACCACUGGAGAAGGUUUUCUGCAUCAGUGGGGUAAAUUGCCCUUGUUUCGAUGA